AUGGUAACCCCCCCUCCCGUCCCCAUCCCCUGCAGGGACGGCUCGGGCAGAACCGCGCUCCAUCUAGCGGUGCUGCGGGGCCACGUGCCCUUCGUGCGGCUGCUGCUGCGGCGCGGGGCGCGGGCGAGCGCAGAGGACGCGGCGGGGCGCACGCCGCUGCACGAGGCGGCCUGGCACGGGCACUCGCAGGCGGCUGUGCUGCUGCUGGGGCGCGGCGCGGCGGCGGCGGCGCGCUCGGGAGCGGGGCUCACCCCGCUGCACUGCGCAGCCGCACUGGGCCGCUACCUGUUGGCCGGCAACCUGCUGGUCGCCCUCAGUCCCGGCACCUCCUGGGCCCCGGACGCGCGCGGCUGGACUGCAGCGCACUGGGCGGCGGCAGGAGAUCGGCUGUCAGUGCUGGAGUUGCUGCUGGAGGCGGGCCUGGAUGGAGCGGGGCGGGACGGAGCGCUGCUCGUGGCGGCGGCGGCGGGGCGCGGGGCGGCGCUGCGCCUGCUCCUGGAGCGCGGGGCGCGGGCGGACGCGCUGGACUGUGCGGGGGCCUCGGCGCUUGGAGUUGCGGCUGCGCUGGGCCACCGGCAGGAUAUGGAGGUGUUGCUUGCCUGUGGAGCCGACCCUGGCCUCAAGGACAGGCACCACCGCUCGCCACUCCACAAGGCGGCCUCUGGGGGACAUCUGUCUUCAGUGGAGCUGCUGGUGAUUUGGGGGGCCGAAGUGGACUCCAGAGACUCUCUGGGCCUUUCCCCACUGCACCACGCUGCCCGGGGUGGCCACGAGGACAUCUGCUGCUGUCUGCUGGAUGCGGGUGCUCAAGUCAAUGCCACGGGCUGGCUCCACACUACCCCCCUGCACUUGGCUGUGGAACGAGGCCACAAGCCCAUUGUGCAACUUCUGCUGCGCAGAGGGGCCAACCCUAGCCCGAGGUCGCAGUGGAGUGAGUCAACCCAGGAUGUAUUGUGUGAGGGAGGCCAAGCCACCAUAAUGCCUGCCUCCAGUGGGGCUCAGAAGAACGGGGGUGCCCUUCUCCAUGGUCCCUGAGCCUCUGAGGGCAGAGCAGUGUCCUGGGUCCUCUUUGCAGUUUGGUCCCAGAGAGAUGUUCCUACAGGAAGAAACAUUGCUGUGUCUGAGCCAAGAUGCACCCCUUUCUUGAAGAUGCAGCCCUGUGUGCCUCCGUCCAUUCACCACAGCCUGGAAGAGCUUGACCAAAGGGAGGGUUUCCCACUUUUCUGGACACCCUGGGGGCUCAGCCCUCCCUAGCUAGGACUACCUUUGAUUCUGUGUUUAUGUCCUCUGGAUCCAGAGCACCUCCUGUCAGUCACCCAGUAUCAGGUACCAAGGACAGGCCGUGUGCUGUGCUCUGCUGAGAUGGUCAGCCAGUCCAUCCUGAGGCCCCUGCCAUUUCUGCAGGGACCCUGAGCAAAGGGCUCUCCCCCUUACUCCUGUCUGCCUCCUGACUUUGGUGAAUCCUGCUGUGGUCCUUGGGGGACCUCUUGUCUAAGGAAGAGUAGCAGAUACAAUAAACAGAUAUUAGUACCAUCACCACUGCCUUAAAUUAAAAAUCUUGGGGGGUCAGGCGGUAGCGCAGCAGGUUGAGUGCACAUGGUGCAAAAAACAGGGACCUGCAGAAGGAUCAAGUUUCCAGCCCCCGGCUCCCCACCUGCAGAGGGGUUGCCUCACAAGCAGUGAAGCAGGUCUGCAGGUGUCUAUCUUUCUCUCCCCCUCUGUCUUCCCCUCCUCUCUCAAUUUCUCUCUGUCCUAUCCAACAAUGAUGACAUCAAUAACCACAAUAAUAAUAACCACAACAAUGUUAAAAACAAAACUAGGGUAACAAAAGGGAAAAAAAAAAGCCUCCAGAACAGUGGAUUUGUGGUAUAGCCACCGAGCCCCACCAAUAACCCUGGAGGAAAAAAAAAAAUUUUAAAUCUUGGGCCCAGGUGGUGGUGAACAUUACAAUGUGCAAGGACCUGGGUUCAAGCCCCUGGUCCCCACCUGCAGGAGAAGUGGUGAAGCAGUGUUGCAUGUGUCCCUCUCUCUUCUAAAUAUUUUAUUUAUUGGUUGAUUGGCUAGAGACAGAGAAAUUGACAGGCAGAGAGAGAGAGAGAGAGAGAGGAAAGACAGCUGCCACUCAUGAAGCUUCUACCCUACAGGUAGGGAUGAAGGACUUGAACCUUGGUCCUUGCACAUUGUAACAUGUAACAUGCCAUUGCACGGCCCUCUCUAUCUACCCUUUCCCUCCCAAUUUCUUUGUCACUAGUAAAAAAUAAAUACAAUAAAAUUAAAUAUAUAAAUAUUUAAAAAACAAACAAAGUCUUGAUUACAGCAACCUGGGAGGUGGCAUAGUGGUUAAGACCUUCAACUCUCAAGCAUGAGGUCUUGAGCUGGACCCGUGGUGUCACGUGUGCCGGAGUGAUGUUCUGGUUUUUACUUUCUUUUUUUCUUUCUUUCUUUUUUUUUUUUUUUUUUGCCUCCAGGGUUAUUGCUGGGGCUCAGUGCCUGCACUAUGAAUCCACUGCUCCUGGAGACCAUUUUUUCCAUUUUGUUGCCCUCAUUGCACUUGUUGUAGUUGUUAUUGUUGUCAUAGCUGUUGUUGUUGGAUAGGACAGAGAGAAAUGGAGAGAGGAGGGGAAGACAGAGGGGGAGAGAAAGAUAGACACCUGCAGAUCUGUUUUGCUGCUUGCAAAGUGGCCCCCCUGCAGGUGGGGAGCUGGGGAGUCGAACCGGGAUCCUUACACCGACUAUUGCGCUUUGUGCCAUGUGCACUGUGCUACCACCCAGCUCCCGGGUUUUUUCAUUCACAAGUGAUUUUUUUUUUCAAAUAUUGAUGAGAGUAGGAACAAAAGACCAUGGUAGAAACAGUGGCCCCUGUAGCGCAGGGGGUUAAGUGCACGUGGCACAAAGCGCAAGGACCGGUAGAAGGAUCCCGGUUUGAGCCCCCAGCUCCCCACCUACAGGGGAGUUCCUUCACAGGCAGUGAAGCAGGUCUGCAGGUAUCUUGUCUUUCUCUCCCCCUCUGUCUUCCCUUCCUCUCUCCAUUUCUCUCUGCCCUAUCUAACAACGAUGACAUCAAUAACAACAACAACAAAAACAAUAAAAAGACAAGAACAACAAAAGGGAAAAAAAAAAGAAACAGUGGCCCCUGAUGGUACACUUGUGUCUUGAGAAACUUUUAUCAUUAUUUCAUUUAAAGAUACAGGUUAGUGUGACCAUAUAAAUAACACAACUGGUAGAGCAUUGGACUUACUGGCCUGAGGAUCCUGGUUCAGUCCCUGGUACCACAUGCAUAUGGGAGUGCUUUGACUUCUCUGUUUAUUCCAUAUGCAAUAAAUAAUUU